GUUACAAUUCUCAAGUAGCGUAGUGUAGUACCUGUCGUCAUGUGUGUUGUAUCGUCGACUAAGGAGUAGUUCGUUGCCAUACCUAAUUUUGUGCGCUUGUAUAUUACUUGAGUCUCUUUAAAUUAAUAUCCAAUUCAUAUCGAUUGCAAAAUAUUAAUCAGCUUAUAAUUUAAAUUUUAAGUAAAUCAGUUGUUUUAUUUUGUCGAUUGGGUUACGGACUUUCAAAUUUUAGAUUAACUAGUGUUUAAAAUCUUAUUAAAUGGUAAUCAUAUAAUGAUUGCUUCGGAAGCUCCCUUAAGACCGCGUAAUCAUUGUACGGGAAGUGUGAUGGACCUAACCACACACGCUAGAUCUAUAAACAGUGGUGAAAAUAAUGGCGGAGGAAAUUCUGGUGGAACCAACAGGCCUGCAAAAUCCAUAUUCUCCAUAAGAAGUUUAGUCAAUGUUGACGAUGGACCCUGCGUAAUGCCCAUUAUCGUACAAGAAGAAUCAUCUCCUGAUCAUAACGUCAUGCGAGAAUCGCCUGAGGUCUAUGGUCGAAAUAGUUUGCAAAACGGAGCUGUUGACGGAAUUGAUCAACAGCAGAGGCAUUCGUUAUCUAUUGGUUAUGACGAGAGCCUUAUGUACCAAAGACGCCAACAAACCAGCACGCCAAGCACACUAAAUGGGGGUGGUAGUGUUGGCGAUGAAGACGAUUGCGGGGGCGGUGAUCUGGACGACUUUAGUGGCGGAGCACCUAAACGCAAACAGCGGCGUUACCGGACGACGUUUACUAGUUUUCAGUUGGACGAAUUGGAAAAAGCAUUUGGAAGAACACAUUACCCGGAUGUGUUUACCAGGGAAGAACUUGCAUCUAAAAUAGGACUCACUGAAGCACGAAUACAGGUGUGGUUCCAAAACAGAAGGGCUAAAUGGCGAAAACAAGAAAAGGUUGGACCUCAGGCCCAUCCAUACAACAACAAUCCUUACUGCGUUAGUUCUAUAUCAGCUACCGCAAUGAGCCCUUCGCCUUUUGGUCACAUGGGUCUACAGCAAGCAGCUGCUGCACUCCAUAGACCACCGGCUAGUUCUAUUGAAAAUGGUUUUUUGAGGUUCCAUUCAACGGCUGGUGCUGCAGUUCCUACUUCCUCUUCAUCUCCGCCACCAUCUCCAUCGCCACUGUUUCUGUCGCCACAUUACGCUGUAGCAGCUGCAGCUGCUGCUGCUUACAGUCGACGUCCCGAUCAAAUGGGGACCGGUCGACAUCCUUCACAGUCACAACCAACUCCACCUGCGAUUGUUGGGUUGCCAGCGGUUUCGUCUUCACCACAUCACCACCACCAACAACAACACCAUCAUUUUAACAAUUUGUUGGCUAAUAUGGCAAUGGCUGCGGCGGUUGCAAUGCGACCUCCAACACAUCCAACUAUUAUAGAUACAAUGCCGCCGUCCAGCCCCACCGGUUCGGCAUCAUCAAACUCGUCCGUAUCUUCAAGUGGUGGCACUAGGGACGAUGUUAUUGUUCGCCGUUCUUCUAGCAUUGCAGAGCUUCGAUUAAAAGCUAGGGAACACAAAUUGGAAAUAAUGCGUAAUAACAAUAACGGCGGAAAUGGUAGUGGCAUGACAAACUCUUCAUAAUGUCUCAUAGAUCAAAUUUGUUGGAUUUUGGUAAAAUACUAAAAAUCAAUUUCAGAACUCAUUGUAUAUAGAUUUUUAGUGAUAUAUCUAAAUAAUGUAUUUUUUUAUUUAUAACAUGAAAAUUGUAAAAAAAAAAAUUUAACAUUAUUUUCGUAUUAUGGUAAUUUUAUAAUUCUAUUAAAUAUCUGUAUAUUAAAAAUAUUUA